CGCCGCCACCACCACCACCAGCAGCGGACAGGGCCUAGGCGCUACCGGCCGGCCCCGGGGGUGCUGUGGGGGGGCACCGGGCGCUAGGCCCGACCCCAGCCCCGCCGCGCCCCAUGGAGCCGGUGACCCCCGUGGAGCUGCUGUGCCUGGGCUCCAGCCUGGCGCUGUCGGGGCUGUGCUACUACCUGUACCGGAGGAAGGCCGCUGUGGCAGCGCGCGUACAGGAGGCCCCCAAGCUGCCGGUGGGUGAGGAGUUACCGGCGCUGGUGUCCGCAGCCCCGGGGAGCUGCCUGCCCUAUGUGGCUCUGGAAGGCGUCGUGCUGCCCGCCAAGGCGGCGCUGAGCAGCCAGUACCACGGCGGGAUGCAGGGCGUCAUCCAGAAGCUGCUGCUCAAGGAGCACCGGCUGGUGUGGAACAGCCUGGCACGGAGCUGGACGGAGAGCGAGCGGGUGCUGUCGGAGCAGGUCUACACCGUCCCCUUCCUGCUGGCCUCGCCCGACGCGGAGGUGGCGACGCAGGUGAGCGUGGAGAGCCCGCUGCGAGCCGUCCGCCUGCCCCUGGAGACGGUGUACGAGCGCUUCCAGCAGCCGGCCCACGGUUUCCGCGACCUGCUGGGCCACUACCUGAGCGGGGAGAAGCCCAAAGGCAUCCUGGAGACCGAGGAGAUGCUGCGGGUGGGGGCGGCGCUGACGGGCAUCGGGGAGCUGGCCCUGCACCCCGACGGCUCGCUGCACCUCCAGCCGCCGGCCCGCGAGGGCGAGUAUUUCUUGUGCCUGGGGGACUGGCAGGCGGUGCUGGCCGAGCUGGAGGCGGCCAGCGGCUUCUGGAAGGGGGCGGCGGCGCUGUGCGCGGCGCUGGGGCUGGCCGUGCUCCUCCACGCCGCGUGCCGGGCCCUCCGCCACGCUCGCCUGAAGCGGGAGCCCGAGGAGGACAAGGAGCCCGAGGGCGAGGAGGAGCCCGAGGCCGAAGGGGGGCUGGAGGACUCGUGCGUGGUCUGCCUCAGCCGGCCCCGCGAGUGCGUCCUGCUGGGCUGCGGCCACAUCUGCUGCUGCUUCCGCUGCUUCCAGGCCUUGCCCACCCGCCUCUGCCCCAUCUGCCGGGGGCCCAUCGACCGCGUGGUGCCCCUCUACCAGGCCUGAGGGCGCUUUUUGGGGUGGGGGUGGGAUGGGCAGGGAGGGGCGGUGCCAACCCAGCCCAGCCCCGAGCCUGGGGGAGCCUCGGGGGUCCAGCAGCACGCGGCUGCGUGGUUCCUGCUGGGGAAGGGUCCUCGUGUGCCCCUCUCUGUUCUAAGGGAUCCCACAGCCCCCCCAUCCUGUCUGUCUGCCAAAGGAACCCCCUUAACGUGAGCGCGUGGGGGCAGCCUGCUCCUGGUGCCUGCUGUGAGGAGUCCCCUGCACCCUCCGGGCCUGUUUCUGAGCCCUGACCCCCCCCUCCAGAAGGCAUGUGGCUUUUUUCCCCCCCUUGUGUUGCUUUUUCAGUGCAUAGCUUUGUCUGCGGGGCAACAACGGGGCCGGGGGGAGAUCCUACAGCCAGCAGGGCACAGCUGGGGGGGGCAGGAGCCGGGCAGAACCCCCCCAGAGCCAGCACCGUGCCAAACCUGGGUGCCAGCACCCCCUACCUCGUGCCUGCACCCCAUAAGCAAGCUGCUUGGGGACAGGCCCCCCCUUCACCAGCUGCUCUGGCACCCAGGAGGGACACAGGGGCACCCUGCCCGUGCCUCCAGCACCCACCCAACCCCACAAACCCCCCCCCCCCGGUACCCAGCUGUAGGAACACCUCGCAGUUGCCCACUGACUGAUAACAGCCAGGCCGAUCCCUGAUAACGCCCA